AGGUGUUAAUUAAGUGUUUGCUAUUCGAAAGUACUCCCCCCCACGUCAUACAGUGAACCAGUUUACAGACAAUCAAGUGAAUAUAAAUAUAUAGUAAAUGCUAAUGCAUGCUGAAUCAGAUGCUGAAACUGAUGAUGAGGAGUGUAGCCAACAGAAAUAGCACCAGCAUUGCAUUGUUGUGCUGCACAUGAGUGCAGAAGAGCAAUCGAGGAGAAGAGUGGAGGAAACAGAAGUCAAGAGUCAAUUAAGAGAAGCCUUCAAGAAGACUGCAGCCAUCAUAGGGGAAGCGAAAGCAUUUUUCUUUAACUUUUUAUAAUAACAUAACAAGCAAAAUGACGGUGGAUUUCAAUGAUUACUUUUGGGGGGAGAAGAACAAUGGUUUUGAUGUUUUAUAUCAUAAUAUGAAAUUCGGUCUGGUUGCCAGCAAAGAGUUAUCCGAGUUCUUACGUGAAAAGUCCAACAUUGAGGAGCAGAAUUCAAAAAUGAUGUCAAAAUUGGCCCAUAAGGCCAGUACGGGUACACUGAAUAGUACUUUUGCACCCGUUUGGACCAUUUUACGUACCUCGGCGGAAAAACUUUCCACUCUCCACAUGCAGAUGGUACAGAAGUUGAGUGAAUUGGUCAAGGAUGUUGCCAAAUAUGCUGAUGAAUUGCAUAAAAAGCAUAAAUCUGUCAAAGAGGAUGAGUCACAGACUCUUGAGUGUGUUCAGGCCAUACAAACAUCGACGGUGGCAGUGCAAAAGUUAAGAGAUCUCUAUGCUAGCAAAGUACAAGAGCUGGAGAAGUUGCGUAAGGAUAAUGGUUCACAUAAGGAUGCCGAGAAAUUGGAAAGUAAAUUAAAAAAAAUGCAAGAAGACUAUAAAUCUUUAAUGGAUAAGCACAAUCCCAUUAAAAACGAAUUCGAACGGCGCAUGACGCAAACCUGCAAGCGUUUCCAAGAGAUCGAAGAAGUGCAUUUGCGGCAGAUGAAAGAGUUUCUUUCAACAUACUUGGAAAUGGUGCAAAAUAAUCAUGAUAUGGUGGGACAGGUGCAUUCCGAUUUUAAGCGUCAAUUUGUUGACAUGUCUGUUGAUAAACUUCUCGAGCAAUUUGUGCUUAACAAGUACACGGGUCUGGAGAAGCCAGAAAUGCCUGAAUUGGAGUUUAUUGCUCUCUCAGCUGGAGCACGACUACAGCAGUCUCAGGUAUCGGCCAAUGCGUCCAAUUCGAAUUCAGCCACCAGUAUUCAGGCAGCCAUUCGAUCCGGCAGUACAUCAGCUGGCGGAGGAAUGGGAGCAACAGGUGUAACAUCAGUCUCAAUGGAUCAGCGUGGAGAUGCCUUGGCGAGUAUCUCUUUGGGCAGUGGAAGUGCGGCAAGUGGCAGCAUACCGUAUGCAGAUGAUGCCAUUAUUGGGGCUCCUGGCAUCUCACCACGUCCCACAUCGCCGGAUAUGUUGGGAGCCAAUGCUCAACAAUCGACCGGAUCGAAGGGAGGCUUGCGUAACUGGUUGUGGUCCGGCAAUAAGCAACAGCAGCAGCAAUCGGCGGCAAAUUUCGGUAUGACUGGGAUCAACAGCACCACCAAUACAACCACUUCCACCAACAACAAUACCACCAUUACAGCAACAACAAUUGCCACUAAUUCAGCAAACCCAACAACAGCAAUCAACAGCAAUAGCCACAGUUCAAACACCAAUAACACAACAACAACAACUGGCACGAAUAGUCUCACAACAAACAUCACCAAAAAUUCCCCCAACUCCGAGGAAAAUACUACUCAAGAUCAGCAGCAACCACAACAGCAACAACAACCACAGCCGGCAGAUGCCUUAACACCAACUGCAAAUUUAGUUGGUGGUAAAAAGCAAUUGAAUGCAACGACUAGUGAUCAGCAAUUAUCGAAAUCAUUAAAUGAGCAAGAUCAUUUUCAACAGCAUCAGAAACAACAACAGAAUGCAGCGACAACAGCAGCCACAGUAUCAUCAUCAUCAUCAUCAGCAGCAGCAACAACAACAACAACGUCCAGACGUACAACGUCACUUUUAAAUAUAUUUACAUCAAACUCUCAGGUUUCCGGCAUUUUGCGUAGUCGCCGGGAUAAAACAAAAACUAAAAAAUCCAAGAAAACGAAAGACAAUGAAGCUUCAGAGAACAUACAAGAAGAACGUUUGACCAGCAUGGAGCGAGGAAAUAACACUUUGCUGGACUUUGAAGAUCAUGGACGCAGCAUGACGACUCAAAAUUCCAGUGGCAGCAGUGCAGGCGGUGGUUUAGCUGCUUUAUCGGCCACUUCAGCUCAGGGAAGUGUUGAUUCAGCUGGUGCUAGCAGUAUGGGGGGCAGUGGAGGUGUAGCAGUUGGAAUCGGAGGUGCGCCCAAUCUCCAGUCAACUGCAUCAGCUACUCCAGUUACAGGUUUAAGCGGUGCCGGUCCCGGUGGCUACGAGGUAGACGAGGAAGGCUUCAGCAUUCAACCGGCAAAGGAAAUUGCCUGGGAAGAGGGCCAUGAUAAAUCUGGCAGUUUCUAUUCCGAUUCGGAUACUGAUUCGGACAAUGAUAAGCAGGAGCGACGCAUACAUGUCAAGAUAAAGCCCUUGAAUAAUGGCCAAGCCCCCAUGUCGGCUAGUGUAGAUGAGUUGCGGGCAACUGUAGGCAAUCUCUCGAUAUCACCAACCGGCAUAUUUUCGCAUCACAGCCAGCAAUUGCAGAGUUCCCGUGGAACAGGCGGCGGAGCAGCACCAGCAUCUCGCCAACAAUCACCAGAGAUAUCGAAUGCUUCAACCCCCACGGCCAGUGUACAUCCUUAUGCUCCGCUUCAAAGUCCCACACUGUCCAAUAAUAACAAUGUGAAUAAUGUGAAUCACAGUCGCUACGAUGCGUUCUGCGAGUUGGGCGAGAAAACCCGAUCAACACCAACUUCUGGCGGAAGUAUAGCCAUUCCACGUCCACCAUCACGACCCUCGGACAUGAUUGCCAUUGGUCAGGCAGCGAACACAAGCACGGCACCGGGCCGUGGUCGUAUGUCGCCGAAUCCUGUGCAGCAGCAAACAAGCGUUAUGAAUCGUGCCGAGAGCAUUGGCAGCCUCGAAUUCCGUACAGCAAUCGGUGGUGGGGUGGGCUCCUCACGAGGUCCUUCCCCAUUGACAAUUGGAAUUUCGGACACAAUACCCCUGGCGGUGGCAUUCCAUGAGAUUAUACAUGCCUAUUUCCGUGGCAGCGAUGAGUCGCGUUGUCAAGUCAAGGUAUCCGGUGAUAUGACUUUAUCAUUCCCAGCCGGCAUUGUCGGCCUCUUAGCCCAUAAUCCCAAUCCAGCAAGGCUGGGUUUUCGCAUUAAGAAUGUUCAGAAUUUGGAGAAUUUGGUACCCAAUGGCAAGCUAGUGCAAAUAGAUCGUCUACAGUCGAGUGGACUGAGCACUAUGCUGGAAUUUAAUAUGCAAGCCUUGACGGCAUUGUUACGCAGUCAGGCGGAAAAUAAUCCAAAUGCCCCAUAUUUUAAUGUGGACAUACUCAAGUAUCAGGUGCGCACGAAGCCCGGAGCCAGUUCGUGUCCCUUUCAGUUGGUUAGCUAUUGGAAAUGUGAGAGCAGCUAUACUGCUCUAAAAGUGGACUACAAGUACAAUAAUCAUGCCAUGGCCAGUGCCUCGCCUUUGUUGAAUGUGACACUCUCCGUGCCAGUCAACGGAUCUGUACGCAAUGUGCAAUCCAAGCCCCAUUCCGCCUGGUUGGGCGAAUCGAAUCGUUUAAUGUGGAAUUUUACGGAUAUAUCACAAAAUUCACAGGAUGGCGGUGUGGGCACUUUACGUGCUCGUCUCGAACUAAACGAUGGUCCAUCCACACCAGCUCUAUUGGCCACACAAUUCAAUUGUGAGGGCACCACACUCUCUGGCAUAGAGUUUGAGCUACAGGGCAGUGGAUAUCGUUUGUCAUUGGUGAAGCGACGUUUUAUUUCCGGCAAAUAUGUGUGCGAAGGGGAUGGCAUUCGAAGCGGUGCCACACCCACACCGCCAUCUGUGGGCUCAACAAGUCCGUAUUCGGCGAAAUCAAAUUAGGUUUUUGUCCUCCCCCAUUCUAUCUAUCCAUCACCCUCAAACCUCCUUCAGAGAAAAUGGCAAGGCAAUAUGAAUAUGAAUAUGGCAAUAGGCUCGUGAAAAACUCUAGAGAAAAUUUUUUGUAACUAAGAUUAAAAAAAAAAAAAAACAAAGUAAAAAAAAUAUAUGGAAAAUAUUAGCAUUCGCAUAUAUCAAUA